GAAAAUUUAUGAGGGAUAGAGACUUCUCUAGUGAUGAAAGACCAAUAGUUAAAUAUAUUCCAGAUUUGGAAUUGGCAUAUGUUUAUCAAAGAUAUAAAGAAGUAUAAUCCUAUAAUAUCAACUAUAGACCCAUGAUUUUAUACAUGUGUUACUUAUGUAUGAAGUAAGUGUCUAUGAUGAAAUUGUUGUGAAAUGGUAUGAAAUGGCUUAAGUUGGAUUGCCAUCAGCAACCUUAAGUGCAUUUGUUGGGUCAUUCAAAUUAAAUUAUUAGGAAAAACAAAAAUUAUUAGAAACUUUACCUGAAAUUUUGAAAAGAGCCAAUAAAAGUGAAUUUAUUAUGAAUGUUUAUUUUGAAGAACACAUAAACACAGAUAUUACACAACUUAGAAAAUCAUUGAGAUUAUUAUGA